GGUCCCGAAGCCCCCGGGCCAUGGAGGGCACCGGCUCGGGCAUUCGCAGGCGGGUAUCUACCCGCAAGAGGAGCCGCCGCAGCCUGAGAGAGACGGCCGCCGCUGGCCCUCUGGAGCCGGGCGAGGAGCCGGAGGAGGGGAGGAGGCGCCGGCGGAGCGGGAGCCCGGAGCGCCCCGAGCAUAAUGGAGGUGAAGAGGACAUGUGUGAUGGUUAUGAUAGUUUUGCCGAAAACUCUUUUUUAGCUCACGUAGACGAUUUAGAACAAAAAUAUAUGCAGUUUCCUGAGUGUGGAAUAAUUACUGCACAACCUGCUUUUGACAAGCCUUGUUCAAAAAGCACAGAGACCAGUGAAUCUGAAAUUAUUGCCACUGAUGGUAACUUGACUGAAGUUAGAACUCGGGAUUACUGCCAUUCCCCAAAGACUUUGAGUUUGCAAGAAAAUGUGACCAUCGAACCUGGAGAUGACCUUUUAUAUGAUGUGCCGUGCUCACAGGCUUUAUAUUUGGAAAAAACAGAGGACUCUACCAGUGAUUUGAAUAAACCCUCUGCUAAAGAAAGUUAUCCCCUACCUUCACACCAGAAUUUGAAUGAAAUACCUGUGGAACAGCCCCAGGAAAAGAAAAAAUUGUCUCCUAAGAGCACAGAAUCUGAUCCAAGCAGGAGAAGAAGCCUUAAAGAUCGUUUGAAAAGUGCCAUGACAGGAAAUGCCAAAGCCCAGACACCCAAGUUUUCUAAGAGGAAGCAACUGAAAGAAGCUAUCCUAUCUGAAGAGAUUAAUGUUGCUAAGAGGACAAUGGAAUCUUCUUCUGAUGACCUAGGUCCUUUUUAUUCAUUACCCAGCAAAGUUAGAGACUUGUUUGUACAAUACAAAGGGAUUAAAAAAUUAUAUGAUUGGCAGCAUACUUGUUUAACAUUGACCUGCCUACAGCAGAGAAAGAAUUUAAUAUAUUCACUGCCAACCAGUGGUGGAAAAACUCUUGUAGCUGAGAUUUUAAUGCUUCAAGAAUUGCUUUGUAGGCAGAAGAGUGUUUUGAUGAUUCUACCAUAUGUAGCUAUUGUCCAAGAAAAGAUUUCAAGCUUGUCAAGUUUUGGAGUUGAGCUGGGUUUUCAUGUUGAAGAAUAUGCUGGAAGUAAAGGGAGAUUUCCUCCAAUUAAAAGAAGAGGAAAAAAAUCUUUGUAUAUUGCUACUAUUGAAAAAGCACAUGGUCUGGUCAACUCAUUAAUUGAAGAUGGAAGAAUUAAUGAAUUGGGUCUAGUUGUCGUAGAUGAGUUGCACAUGAUUGGUGAAGGAAGCCGAGGAGCUAUACUGGAAAUUACCCUAGCAAAAAUUCUUUAUACCAGCAAAACAACUCAAAUCAUUGGCAUGAGUGCAACAUUAAAUAAUGUUGAAGAACUACAAGAAUUCCUGAAAGCCGACUAUUAUACUAGUAAAUUUAGGCCAGUCGAGUUAAAAGAAUAUCUGAAAAUAAAUGAUACUAUCUAUGAAGUUGACAUCAAAGCAGAGAAAGGCUAUACUUUUUCUCGUCUCCUUAAAUGCAAGUAUUCUGAUAAUCUCAAAAAGAUGGAUCCUGAUCAUUUAGUUGCUUUGGUGACUGAAGUUAUUCCCAAUUAUUCCUGCUUGGUUUUUUGUCCCACUAAGAAAAACUGUGAAAAUGUAGCAGAUAUGAUAUGCAAGUUUUUGAAUAAGGACUAUCUAAAACACAGGGAAAAAGAAAAAUGUGAUUUCCUUAAAAACUUGAAGAAUGUCAGUAAUGGCAGCCUGUGUCCUGUUCUCAAGCGCACCAUUCCCUUUGGAGUUGCUUAUCACCAUAGUGGCCUGACUAAUGAUGAAAGGAAGAUCUUAGAGGAAGCUUAUUCCACCGGGGUCCUUUGCCUUCUGACUUGCACUUCGACCUUAGCAGCUGGAGUGAACCUACCAGCACGAAGAGUUAUUUUGAGAGCACCUUAUAUUGCAACACAAUUUUUAAAGAGGAAUCAGUAUCAACAGAUGAUUGGCAGAGCUGGUCGAGCCGGAAUAGAUACUGUUGGUGAAAGUAUCCUUAUAUUACAAGAAAAAGACAAGCACCUGGUACUGGAUUUAGUAAACAGUCCUCUGGAGAACUGUUAUAGCCAUCUUGGGCAAGAAAUCACAAAAGGAAUCCAAAGUUUGCUCCUGUCAUUGAUUGGGCUAAAGAUAGCAAGAAACCUUGAAGGUAUAUAUGACUUUAUGUGUGGUACAUUUUUUGGCAUUCAGCAAAAGAGUUUAUCUGAAGAAAAAAGCCUUUGGGAAAUAUCUCAGAAAGCACUGGAAGGCUUAAUAGAAAAAGGACUGCUCCAAAGACAAAGUGUUUGUAAGAAUGGAGAAGAGUCCCAGUGUGAUUUACAGAUCACUAAGUUAGGGAAGGCCUCUUUAAAAGGAACUUUAGACUUGGCUUAUUGUGACAUUCUGUACAAAGACUUAAAGAAAGGCCUUGAAGGACUUGUGCUUGAAAGCUACCUUCAUCUUAUCUAUCUAACAACUCCAUAUGAUAUGGUUUCUCAGUGCAGACCAGAUUGGAUGAUAUAUCUCAGUCGGUUUAACUACCUUAGUUCAGCAGAACAAAAGGUAGCAGCAAUUGUUGGAGUAUCUGAAAGCUUUAUUACAAAAAAAGCCUCAGGUCAAGCUAUUAAAAAGGAGGUGGACAAGAACAUUGUCAACAGGUUGUACCUGUCCUUCAUUCUCUAUGCGUUGCUUAAAGAGACCAAUGUCUGGAGUGUAUCAGAAAAGUUUAAUAUGUCUCGAGGAUAUGUACAAGCCCUUUUAAGUGGAGCUGCCUCAUUCUCUUCUUGUGUACUACAUUUCUGUGAGGAGCUUGAGGAGUUUUGGGUUUAUAGAGCCCUCUUGACAGAACUUACCAAGAAGCUGUCUUACUGUGUGAAGGCAGACCUGGUCCCUCUCAUGGAAGUAACUGGAGUUUUAGAGUCCAGAGCAAAACAGUUAUACGAUGCGGGCUAUAAAACUGUCGCACAUUUAGCUAAUGCAGACCCCGAAGUGCUGAUAAGAACUAUUGAUCAUUUAUCACGACGUCAGGCCAAGCAAAUUGUUUCAUCGGCAAAGCAAAGAAUUGGAAAUAAAGCAGAUGCCCAUUGAUUGUGGAAUGGCUAACCAAAUUGUGGCACAUGAAUAGAAUGGAGCGUUGUGUUCCAUUUAUAUGUGCCAUAAGAAGUGAUGAAUACAGAGAAGCAUGAAAAGAUCUACGUGAACUGGUGCUGAGUGAGGUAAGCAGAGCCAAGAAAACAGUAUACACAACGACUACAAUAUAAACGGAAAGAAUAGCCUCAUACCAACACAAAAGUAAAUGUUGCAAAGUCAUAACUAAGAAGCAUGGCUUGAAGAAGAGAUAUGAGAAGGCACCCCCACUCUACCCCUUUGAAGAGGGGGGAGGUCCACAAGUGCAGAACCUUGUACGUACUUUCAGACUUUUUCCAUGUAUUGAUCACUUGUGCUGAUUUUCCUCCUCUUUUUCUUU